AUGUUGCUGAAGCAGUGGAUGCAGGUGAAUAUAUUUGAAGCAUAUGAAUUGUAAGUUUUUGCGUUUACAUUUAAAUUUUGAUGUAUUUUAGGUUGCAUGCUUCAUUCAGUUCAGACGACGUCACAUUGUCGGGGAAUUUUGGGUCGACUAAACAACGUUUCAGAAAGUCAGUAUAUAACUAUCCAGCGUCAUUCGGAGUAUACGAUGCAUUGGCUGAGUAAGUUUUGUUUUUGUGUGGUGCGUUUUAGCAUUUAUAUUCCUUAUCUUACUAUUUUUAGGAAAAUCAUUAUUCGAAGCCAUGAGAAGAAAUUAAAGACGGUUGAGGAUUGGUUUAACGGCUGGUCCUUGUUUGACAAAAGUUAUUACGAAUCAAUCGCUGAAGUAUGUGGUUCAUGGUUAAUGUCGUGGUCAAUGUUUGAGGCUCAAAUUGAAGAUUCGUCACCAAGAGUUGGUAAAAGGUAAGUUAUUUAAGUGUAAAUUUACGUUUUUUGUUUUAUGGAGAAAAAUUUUUCUUUAAUUUUUGAGGGCACUACUCAGCACUAUUUUAGGAAUCUUGUCCUGUUAUAUCAACUCUGUAAAACAGUGCCGACACUACAAUCUAGUGUUAUUAUUCUAAACACUGGAUUUUAGUGUCGGCACUAUUUUGAAGUGUUGUCAGCUUUUAUUUCGUUUUAUACAUUUCAGCGAUCAUUCCGUGGUGUCAAAGUCGAUCAACCGGAAGAAUACCAAAUGGUUUCAAAAAGUAGUGAUAAGCAAGCUCGGUAAGUUAAUUUGUUGUUAUUGUAUGCUUUUUUGUUUUUGGGGACAAACACUGCUAGCAUUUUAGUAUUUUUACUUUUACUUUAUUUACAUUUCAGCGAAUGUUGUAUCAGCGAAUCAAAACCAAAGUCCAUUAGAGUAA